UUAAGGUGGAACCGUAUCCAACCUGGUCUGACCCGACCCAAAAUCGUCAUGGGAAAUGGAUAAAAUGCUUUACCUCCGGCGAGCUUUUCCUUCACUAAAAUCCAUGGCGUCGGUGGUGUUUCCAUCUUCGUUAAGCUUCGGUGGAGUCUACAACGGACCAUUCCACCGUCCCAUUUACAUCUUUCUCAAAAAAUUAUGUCAGCGUUCCCGGGCGCUCGUCGGAGACCAAGCUAGGGCUAGCCGCUUCUCUUGCUGCACCACCUCUGCAACGCUACAGCCCACACAGGAAACUCCCCACCAAAACCUCUUUCCGAGGCUCCUAAGCUUUUCUGCAUUCUAUCAUAGAUUGAAGAGGGCUGAAAGUGUGCUAGCUAUUGUUCUUAUUCUUUUUCAAAGCUCAUUUACAUUACCUUCAAGUACAUGGGACACAUGGUUUAUUUCUUCUGCAAAAGCAGUACUUUAUUCACCUGACACCAAGGUUCCCCGAACAGGAGAGCUUGCUUUAAGAAGGGCAAUUCCUGCCAAUGCAAAUAUGAAAGCUAUACAAGACUCUCUGGAGGAUAUUUCAUACCGAUUAAGAAUCCCACAGAGAAAACCUUAUGGUACAAUGGAAGGUGAUGCAAAGAAAGCUUUAAAGAUUGCAAUGGAGCAAAAGGAAUCAAUCUUAGGUAGCUUAUCGGAGGAACUCAAGGAGAAGGGCUCCCUUCUUUAUGCUUCACUAACAAAUGGCAAUGGUGGAUUAAAAAAUCUAAUUGCAUUUGUAAAGGAGAACGACCCAGAUAAGAUAUCUGUUGCCCUGAAAUCAUCUCUUGACACUCUUGCGGAACUAGAACUAUUGCAGGCUCCAGGAUUGUCUUUUUUGUUACCUGAGCAGUACCUAAGCUAUCCAAGGCUGAACGGAAGAGGUGUUGUUAACUUUGUUAUUGAGAAAAGUGAUGGUUCCACAUUUUUCCCUUCAGCUGGCAGUGAACCAAAAAAGUCUGCUACGAUUCAGGUUGUUCUUGAUGGCUAUUCUGCUCCACUAACAGCAGGAAACUUUACAAAAUUGGUGAUUGAUGGUGCAUACAAUGGCGUGAGGCUUAAGUGCACCAAUCAAGCUAUUCUCUCGGACAAUGAGCUUGACAAUUAUGGUUAUAGUGUUCCAUUAGAAAUAAAGCCCUCCGGAGAAUUUGAACCAUUAUACAAAACGUCUCUUAGCAUCCAGGAUGGUGAAUUUCCAGUGCUUCCACUAUCUGUUUAUGGAGCAGUUGCAAUGGCACAUAAUGCAAAUUCAGAGGAGUACUCGUCACCUUCACAGUUUUUCUUUUAUCUUUAUGAUAAGAGAAGUGCUGGAUUAGGAGGAUUAUCUUUUGAUGAAGGACAAUUUUCUGUUUUCGGAUACACUACUAAUGGAAGGGAUGUACUUUCACAAAUUAAAUCAGGAGAUUUCAUAAGAUCAGCUGAACUUGUGCAAGGACAAGAUCGUCUCGUAUUGCCAGAGCAGAAUUGAGACGAUGCAGGUUAUUAUUGUGUUUCUUUGCCUGAUUCUGAGGCCAGUUUUUCUUCAGUUUGAGAUUAUUUAAUCACUUCAGGUAGUCAGUUUGAGUUAUUUUUUUCAGUUUAUUCAAAAUAAAAAAUUGUUUUACUGGAGUCAAUAUUCAUAUUAAUGUGGCAGUAACAUUUUCUAGUGAUGAAUGUGUAGGAAUAAGAAUAAAUGCAUUGGUUGAAAAUAAAAUGAAGAAUCUU